CCUGUGUUGCUUAUAUAAGAUCUACAUUGUGUGUGUGGGUGUUAGCAUCGCGUUCUCCUGCUGCUGUGGUUCUAUAACAGCUACAUCUCAUAUAAGGAAUACCCCAGCCCGUUAGCUUCUCUAUUAGAGUGUGUGGAACAUGUGAUGCUAACAGAUGCAGCUUCUCACACACUAUCACAAGGUAAAUACCGUGUGUAUUGUGUAGAAGGUACAUGUGCAGUGUGUGUGUUUUUAAAGACUGGGCGAUGUGUAUUUAAACACAAACGUGUAUUCAUGGUCUAAGGACAGUGAGGAGCUGUCACUCUUAUUUGAUCCACCUCAGAUCUGUCAAUCAUUAGAGCAAACAGGAGACUUUAAUCGUGAUAAUAAUCUUUUCUGAUCUAUUAUAGACUUUAACUCUGGAUUAACGCUCCUAACUGUGAAAUAUCAAUUCUGUGCAACAUACUGAUUCAUUGCAAUCCACUCUAUGUCCAUAGUGCUGCUGUGAUCCUGUGCAUUCCCCCAUCGUGGGACAGAAAUGAUUAUUUUAUCUUAUCUCAUCAUUCGGGGCCACAGGUGUUCUGUAGGGUACCAAAGGUUAUUUAUUGAAGCCACACGGCUCAACACAGCAAAGCCACAUGAAUCCAAAAAGCAUCUGGUGAAUUAAAACAAAAGAAGUUUACUCAAGCUGUCAAACCACAGAAAAGACCAUCAACAAGCAACGAGGCAGUGCCACUGAGCUCCAGGGACAUGCAGCUCAUGUGUAGCCUGUUUUAAAAUGAUGUGAAGUAUGUUUGUGUUAGAAUGUCCCGUUUACAACCUUUUAGUUUUUUAAUUAUUAUUCAUGUAGGACUGGCUGCCUUCUUUGUUUUGUUUCCUUGUGUUUUUUAUUGAUAACUUGGGAAAAAGAAAAAUACAACAAAAGAAAAAGAUGAUGUAACUAAUGAGCUUGUUUUUUAACAUUUCAAAAACUACUGAUCAGAUAGAUUGCAUGUUGUGGAGUGGAUCCGGAUAAAUGGGUGGAUCCAUCCCUUUCCUUAUGCCGAGGCCGAGCGUUGGGAGGCGUGCCCUCUCUGAUCACCAGAUUCCGAUGUUACUUCACUGUUCUGUUGUGUUGACACGUUUCUCCCCCUUCCUCCUCACAGACAGACGACACGUCUCAGGAAGGAUCCUGACCCGACUGCAGACACCAUGAGGUGACGACUGCAGCUCCUUGUGUUUCUGCCAACGUGGACUUAUGGCAAGGAUCACUCUGUCCUGCCUGCCGGCCUCCUGGUACUGCAGCGUGUCCCUGCUGUCCCUGGGCUGCGCUCCCAGACAGAGGCUGCUGCUGCUGCUGCUCCUCUUCAUCAUCUCCACGCUCCUCAUCUUCGGGACCAACCAGAGGCUGCUAUGGGGCCCCCAGCGACAGCCUGGGGCCCAUUACAACAAGUACCUCUCUAUAGCAGAGGCAAUGGAGGCCACUGACACUCUCAACCCCUCUCUGAACUAUGGGAUUGUGGUGGACUGUGGCAGCAGCGGCUCUCGGGUGUUUGUGUACUACUGGCGCCCGCACAACGGGAACCCCCACACCCUGCUGGACAUCCGGCAGAUGAAGGACCACGAACACAAACCUGUGGUGAAGAAGAUCAAACCUGGCAUCUCCACUCUGGCCAAGUCCCCGACGCAGGCCAGUAACUACCUGCAGCCGCUGCUCAGCUUCGCCGCCGCUCACGUCCCGAGGAUCAAACACAAGGAGACGCCGCUCUACAUCCUGUGCACCGCCGGCAUGAGGCUGCUGCCAGAGAGCCAACAGGCAGCGAUCCUGGAGGACCUGGUCAGUGACGUCCCUCUGGAGUUUGACUUCCUGUUCUCCAGCUCGCAUGCUGAGGUCAUCUCUGGGAAACAGGAGGGCGUGUAUGCAUGGAUCGGCAUUAACUUUGUGUUGGGCCGCUUUGAUCACGCUGACGAUGAGGACGCCACAGUCGAGGUGACGACCGGGUCUCAGAACCAGCAGCCAAUCAGCAGGCGGCGUACAGUGGGAAUCAUGGAUAUGGGAGGAGCUUCUCUGCAGAUUGCCUAUGAGGUUCCCAGUGCCAUCACCUUCAACUCACCACAAGAGGAGGAGGCAGGGAAGAGUGUCCUGGCAGAGUUCAAUCUGGGCUGUGACGUGGACCACACACAACACGUGUACCGAGUCUACGUCACCACGUUCCUCGGCUUCGGAGGGAACAUGGCCCGGCAGCGAUACGAGGACCAGCUGCUGAACAAGACAUUCGCCAAGAACAGGUUCCUCACCACGCAGACGGGCCUGACCGAGGACAAACCCUACCUGGACCCGUGUCUGCCGGCCGGGCUGUCGGACACGGUGGUCAGGGAGAACCGCACCUUGUACCUGAGGGGUCAGGGAACCUGGGCUGAGUGUCAGCGUUCUGUCCUGCCCUUCCUGGGCCUCCACAACGGCACCAUGUCCCCGGGGGGCGUAUAUCAGGCUCCGAUCAACUUCAGCAACAGCGAGUUCUACGGCUUCUCCGAGUUCUACUACUGCAUGGAGGACGUGCUGAGGAUCGGAGGACAGUACGACAGUGAGAAAUACUCCCGAGCUGCUACGGACUACUGCGCCACCCAGUGGUCGACCCUGAAGCAGCGUCUGGACAACCAGCUCUUCGCUCAGCAGGCCGACAUCAGCCGACUCAAGCAUCAGUGCUUCAAGUCGGCCUGGAUGUACGAGGUGCUGCACUCUGGGUUCCGGUUCCCCCCCGACUACCCCAGUCUGAAAACGGCUCAGCUGGUUUACGACAAGGAGGUCCAGUGGACGCUGGGAGCCAUCCUGUAUAAGACCCGCUUCCUGCCUCUCAGGGACCUGCAGCAGGAGACGCUGCGACAGAACCACCCCAGCUGGCUGCGCUCCUCCUUCCUCUACAACCACCACCUGUUCUCGCUCUGCAUCCUGGUGGUGGUGCUCGCCAUCCUGCUCUACAUCCUGCGCCUGCGGAGGAUCCACCAGCGGGAGAGUCGGCAGGCCGAGGCCCUGAGCCUGCUCUGGGUGGAGGAGGGAGACGCCCUCCUCCCCUGAGGAACAUGCAACACGAGGUUCCACGUGGAUGAGCAGCGUAAUUUACUGUAACCUCAAAUCCAACACUAAAGACUGUGAGGAUAAUCAGGAUCCUGGUGAUUCCUGAGCAGCCAGAGGCGCACGUGAAGAGGCGGGGCUUCACUUCACUGGGAAACAACACGAGCAGCUUUAAUGAGCCUGGACAUCAAACUCCUCUUUGACCGUCAGCUCGGAGCAGAGAGGAAAGAUGUUCUCUCUUCUCCUCAAGACAGUUUCAGAUGAAAAGAAUCACCUUCGCAUUCCAGGAUCAAACGCUAACCAUUCCCUCUCUGAUCCAGGUUCUGGUUUCCUGCUGGUCCGACACUGAACCUGGAUCAGCACAGAUGCUCAAUGGAAGAGAUUGGGUUUAAGAAUGAGGGAUUCUUGAUCGUCCAACAUGACUCAUGAGAAGAUAUUUGAUCUAAAACGACAUCUUACGAAGUCACAUGACCAGAUGAGAUUGUUUCCUUCCCUUUUUUUAAAUCCUUCCUCUCCUGAAAAACAAAGGAAGCAAAGACGGCGCAGCCGUGACUCAGUGAAGAACAGUUUAUUUUCCCUCGUGGUGAAACAGCAGAGACAAAUAUUCCAUCCACCAUCGAGCAGCUGAAGCAUCUGAUCCUGAUCUUCAGCGAGCUGGUGUCAGGGCGAGCGUCUCGUUCAUCUUCAUCCCGUCCCCCCCCCCC